AUGGGAAUUUUUUUUAAAAAAAACAACACCAUUGAAAAUUUUUUAACUAUGGAUUCCAAAAUUUCAAAGAUGCAAUCCAAAAUUAAAGCCUCAAAAGAUUUUCAUUAUGGCAUUUAUUCAAAAGUUAUUUUCUUUAGCAUUAUUAUCGAAAUUUUUUUAUUAUCAAUUUCAUAUGCCAAAUCUCUUUCAUGCAACACUUUGGUAGAUAACGCAUUGUGUUAUGUUAAUUCUGUAGUAUUCUCAAUUAUAAUUUAUAUCACCAUUAAAUUAUAUAGAUUUUUAUUUAGAACUUUAAUAAAAUAUUACAAGAAUCAAUUGGGAGAAUUAAAUUUUAGUUUGGAAAAGUUAUUAGAUGACAAAAAGCUCCAAUCGGAUUUUGAUAAUAUUAAAAAAGUUAUGGAAAAAUAUGAAAGAGCAAUAAAAAAAAAGGAAAAUAAUAAUAGGGUUACACAUGAGCAUCAGCCACAACAACCUCAACCAGAACAAUUACAAAAAACACCACAACCAGAAAAACCAGAGCAUCCACAAUAUGAACAACCACAAAUAUUAAAUCAAAGGGUUCAUAAAAAUAUUUUAUCAGAAGAAAUCAAUACAAUUUUGGGGGAAUUAAAAGUCAUUGAUAGUAAUUUAUCCAAUUUCAAAUUUUUAAGAAGUUUAGAGACCCAUCAACUUGACUUCCUUAUUAUAAAUGUUGUAAACUGUGCUGUAUAUUUCGAUAAUGUAUCCGAUGAUGUCAAAACUAUUAGUAGUCUAAUAGUUUCAAAGGUAUUUUCCCAAGCAUAUUUCGAUCCAAAUAUUCCAAAAGAAUAUAUAGAUAAGAUUGAACUUGCCAUAGAAAAGCUAUACUUAAUCAUUGCCAAUUGUAAAAAACAUAGACAUUAUCAAAUUGAAGGUGCUGUUUCAGUUUUUAAAGAUUUAGCAAUUUCCCUUUAUAAAAAUAAAUCAAAUGGUAAAAUCAAUGAUAUGGUUAUUAUUGACAUGGUUUGGUGUUCCACCUUAGAUCUUUUUGAAGAGUUUGGAAGUUAUCUCGAAGUAUACAAUCAAUUGCAUUAUGAAAUCUAUUAUAUAAUUUGCAAUUACUUUCAUUUUACUAGUGAUAGCAUUCGUUCCGAACACUUUAAAAGAUUCAUGGAUAUUUCAAAAUUAAGAGGUUAA